AAUAGUUCAAUGUUGUCGGUCAACUUGAGACCUUCAAACCUGAUCAAAUAUAAAUUCGGAAGGAAAGCUUCUAAAUCGCGAUAUAGUCUAGAUGUCCAAAAGCCACCGACUUGGCGGUGCUAUGUCCAGCAAAACGGAGCGCAGAAUAAAAAAGAGCAGGCAACAAAUUUGCAAAAGUUCCUGGCAACUCUGUCUACGAUCAGAUCCGAGGGCAUCAUCUUUACCAAACAGCUAUACCGUGGAUCUAAAGAAUUGUACGCCAAUUGGAAAAAGGCAUCAGAAAUAAAAUCCAGAAAGCGGAUGGGACAUGUUAUAAGCUGGAGGGAAGAGCGAUUUGUACAAAAGAACAAGUCAGAACUUCAGAAAAUGGUUCCUUACGUCGUAUUCCAAUUUCUUCCAGGAUCCUUGUUAUUGGUGAUUGGCUUGAUGACCCUUUUCCCAAAUAGCUUACCCACGGCCUAUCGGACAGCGUAUCUUAAUAACAUAAUUGAGAACAAUUUAAAAAAGCGGCGACAACAAGCGGCGCUAGACCUAAUUGAGUUCUUCAAAAGGGAAAUAGAGCAAUUGAAUCAGCCAUCCCAAAUCUUCGGUCUAGAGAACCUGUUGAAACGUAUCGACAACCGAGCGUUGAUAGGACAUGAACACAUCGCGUCGUUCAACAACAGUCAAUUCGCCAAGCACUUCGAUAUAAUGGAAUGGAAACACAGCCAGUUGUUAUCUGCGUGCAGGUUGUUCGGAUUGUCUUCGAUUCGUGUCUUGCCCACACCUCUGCUCCUAUAUCAAGCGUCUAAGCAUAUGGGCCAACUGACACAUUCAGAUAAGAUAAUCUCGAUUCUCGAUUUUGACGAGGCGACGGACCAAGAAUUAACAGAAAUGUGCAUCGAAAGAGGCCUGCCGUGGGCCGGACUGAGCAGAGAUAAAUUGUUGUAUCUGAUCAAAGAGUGGUGCUUGAUCUCGAAGUCUCCGGCAACGCCCUACAGUCUAUUUUUGCUGUUUUCUUCUGCGAGUACACUUUCCAUCGAAAAAGAAUUGUGUAAGAAAUAA